AUGUUAAAUCAAAGCUCUGUGUCUGACUUCAUCCUCCUGAGAUUCUCUGAUGCUUGGGAGUUGCAGAUUUUCUAUUUUGUCAUGUUUCUAGUCAUUUACAUCACUGUCCUGAUGGGGAACCUUCUCAUCAUUGUGGCUGUAGUCCUUGACCACCAUCUUCACAACCCUAUGCAUUUCUUCUUGAUGAAUCUGUCCAUACUGGAUGUGGGAACCAUUUCUGUCAUUCUCCCCAAAACCAUGGCCAACUCCCUGUUGAACAUCACAACAAUAUCCUAUGCUGGGUGUGCCACUCAAGUGUUUUUCUUUGGCUUCUUGGUGGGAGCAGAUCUUUGUAUACUCACCGUCAUGGCAUAUGACCGUUAUGUUGCCAUCUGCAAGCCCUUGCACUAUGAGAUGGUCAUGAACAGAAGAGCAUGUGUCCAAAUGGCAUCCAGUGCCUGGGUAGCAGGGAUGCUCAAUUCUAUCAUGCACACUUGGAACAUGUUUGCAUUCACUUUUUGCCAAGGCAAUGUAGUGGACUUGUUCUUCUGUGAAAUCCCCCAGCUCCUUAAGCUCUCCUGCUCGGACACAUAUUUCAGGGAACUGUUUAUGAUGUUUAUCAGUUUCUGCUUAAUUUUGUCCUGUUUUAUUCUGAUUGUUGCAUCCUAUAUUCAGAUCUUCAGUGCAGUCCUGAGAAUCCCCUCAGACCAGGGCCGGCAUAAAGCCUUUUCUACGUGCCUCCCUCACCUCAUUGUGGUCUCCUUGUUUAUCUUUUCUGGCAUAUUUGCCUACUUCAAACCUACCUCCCAUUCCCCAUCGGGAGUGGACCUCAUAGCAGCUGCCAUAUAUUCAGUAGUGCCCCCCAUGAUGAAUCCUAUUAUCUACAGCAUGAGGAACAAGGAGAUUCUUGCGGCUAUGAGGAAACUGGCUCACUGUCUGUUCUUCACUGACCAGGUGUCCAUUCUUCUCUAA